AUGGCAAUGAUAAAGAGAUGCCUUCAGUUAACGGUCAAACAAUUACUUCGACUGUUAAAGAAAACCAACAUCCACCUUUUUUCCUAUAAAGAGAUCAGAAGAGCAACCAAUAACUUCAACCAUGGCAACAAGCUAGGCAGAGGUGGUUUCGGAACUGUAUACAAGGGAACCUUCGGAGACGGCACUGCAUUUGCUGCCAAAAUUCUAUCCUGUGAAUCUGAGCAAGGGAUCAAGGAAUUCCUGACAGAGAUCGAAAGCAUCAGCGAGGCCAAGCAUGCGAACCUCGUCAGCUUGCUGGGCUGCUGUGUCCAGAAGCAAAAUAGGAUCCUGGUCUACGAGUUCGCGGAGAACAACAGCCUCGAUCAUGCACUGAAAGGUGUGUUUAGCGAGCGGAGCAGCCAUCGGACAUCUGUAUGGGCACGGCCAAGGGGCUGA